AUGAACUGGUGCAUGAAACAUGUUUUUCGUAGUGAAAGAAUUGCAACUCUACAUCAAGCUUGUUGUGGCCACUUCAAUUACCGUUCAAGGACUUUUACAAUCGGUUUGCGAUCAAAAAAGACGUACUACGAGUUUGUAUCUGGAAAUGGAUUUUCCAAAAUAAAAGUAAGAAUAGAAGGCAAUAAAAUCAUUCAAAACCAGGAGGGCCAUCGAAAGAUUGUGACUGUAAGAGAAUUCUUUGAAGAUAAAAUGCUUUUGACAAUCACUGUUGAUCACAUCGUCGUCAAAAGAUUAUAUAAGAAAACUGAUAUGGGAUUCUUUUUCCUUUAUUAA